AUGAAACGAGCCAGAUCAACGAAGCAUACGAAUAUUGAGGAAGCUUUGCUGAAGUGGUUUAAAUAUCAAAGGGCUAAUAAUGUGCCAAUAAACGGACUGAUUCUUCAACAAAAAGCUAACGAUUUUGCUCAACGUUUUGGCGAAGAUUUUGUUUGCUCGUCUAGUUGGAUCCAACGUUUCCGGGCUCGGCACGGUAUUGUCGGCGGGAAAAUGAGUGGUGAAGCUGCUAGUGUUGAUAAGGAUACUGUAGAAGAAUGGAUAACGCAAAAGUGGCCUACAUUAUUCGAAGGCUACGGACCAGAUGAAAUUUUUAACGCAGACGAAACUGGACUUUUUUACAAUAUGACACCAGACAUGACUUUAAAGUUCAAAGGAGAGAAUUGUUCGGGAGGAAAAAUGUCUAAGACAAGAUUAACGAUCAUGGUUGCAGCAAAUAUGACAGGAUCCUGUAAAAGAAAGCUUUUAGUUAUUGGCAAAUCUAAGAAACCAAGAUGCUUUAAAAACAUACACUCACUGCCGGUAACGUAUGAAAACAAUGUGAAGUCAUGGAUGACAUCGGACAUUUUUGAGAGAUGGUUAAGAAACUGGGACGCUGAAUUAAAAGGAAACAAACAGAAAGUUCUACUUUUGGUUGAUAAUUGUCCUGCUCAUCCGGCUGUUACUAAUCUAAAAUGCAUUAAACUGGUGUUCUUACCACCAAAUGUUACAUCUGUAUUGCAACCAAUGGAGCAAGGUGUCAUAAGAUGUUUAAAAUCUCACUAUAGAAGACUGCAAGUGUUAAAGUUAAUACAAAAUCUUGACAGUAGCGAACAAAAAAGGUUUACGGUUCUUGAUGCCAUCUUAAUGAUAUCAGAAGCAUGGAAAAACGUUUCACAAAACACUAUAGCUAACUGCUUUAAACAUGCUGGUUUUAAAGACCUCUUAACAAUAACCUCAGAUGAUGUGACUGAUGAUGAUGGAGAGGACAAUAUUUCUCUUGCUCAAUUAGCCCUAAAUUUACGACCUGCUUCAUCUACUACUGAAGCAGCAGAGUUCAUUGAUGUAGAUAACUCUAUUGCAAUUUGCGCACGAGCUACGGAAUAUGAUAUUGUACGAGAUGUUCAAGAGGAAGAUGACGAACAGGAAGACUCUGAAGAACAAUUUACUGUACCAACUUUGAAUGAUGGUAUCAAUGCUGUUAGUAUAUUAAGAAAGAUUGUUCUUUUUAAUGAACAUUUCCACAUCCACAGCAAUUAUGAGGAUACGUUANAUGUAGAUAACUCUAUUGCAAUUUGCGCACGAGCUACGGAAUAUGAUAUUGUACGAGAUGUUCAAGAGGAAGAUGACGAACAGGAAGACUCUGAAGAACAAUUUACUGUACCAACUUUGAAUGAUGGUAUCAAUGCUCAAUUAUGA